UAACACGUUUGUCAACUAGUUAGUGUGUUGUUUUUGUGUACAUUUGCUGUUGUUAGAGCAGAAAGCAUAAACCUUAUAUAUGCUAACUUGUGUAAAGGAACGAGUACUUCUAUUUUGGAUAACGUCAGUGUGUUAGCAGCCGGCUUGCUAACUAUAGUAGCUAGUCACCCUAACAAACAGAAUGACCACCACAGAUACCAUGGCUUCCGAUGACAUUGCCCUGCUGGCCGAGGCGCUGUCCAAGACUCAUGUAGGAGAUGGAGAGCUGAGCUACAAGGGCCAGGGACUGAAGCUAGACAACGCAGAAUCUGUGAAGGAGUUGGUGCGGGAAAUAGAGGAGUACCAGGGACUCCGGGCCCUGCGGUUGGAGGGAAACACAGUGGGUGUGGAGGCAGCACAGGCUAUCGCCAAAUCCUUGGAGUGCAAAGACCAACUUCAGAGUUGCCACUGGAGUGAUAUGUUCACGGGUCGCCUGCGCUCAGAAAUCCCAACCGCCCUGAGGUCCCUGGGCAGUGCAUUGAUGACAGCAGGGGCCAGACUGAGAGAGCUUGACCUGAGUGAUAACGCCUUUGGGCCAGAUGGCGUAAAGGGCAUUGAGACUCUACUGAAGAGCUCUGCGUGUCACUCUCUACGGGAGCUGAGACUCAACAACUGUGGCAUGGGCAUCGGCGGGGGCAAGAUCCUGGCGGCAGCGUUGACUGAGUGUCAUGAACAGUCCAGCGCUCUCGGUGCCCCACUGAAACUGAAAGUGUUCAUCGCAGGCAGAAACCGCUUGGAGAACGAAGGAGCCACAGCCCUUGCCCUGGCAUUUCAGCUGAUGGGAAGCCUAGAGGAGGUGCACAUGCCCCAAAAUGGGAUCAACCAUGCUGGGGUGACAGCUCUGGCCACCGCCAUGCAGCACAACCCCCAGCUCCGCGUCCUCAACCUCAACGACAACACCUUCACCAAGAGAGGGGCGCUGGCUAUGGCUCAGGCUCUGAGACACCUGAGGACUGUGCAGGUGAUCAACUUUGGGGACUGCCUGGUGCGUUCUGAAGGGGCCAUCGCUCUCUCUGCUGUCCUGAGAGAGGGACUGCCCACUCUUAAGGAGCUGAAUGUGUCCUUUGGGGAGAUCACAGAGGCUGCAGCACUGGUGUUGGCUCAGGCUGUACAAGAUAAACCCCAUAUGGAAAAACUGGAUCUCAAUGGUAACUGUCUGGGGGAGGAGGGGUGUGAGGCUCUGAAAGAGACCAUGGAUAACAUGGACAGGGCAGACAUACUGGCAUCUCUCAGUGAUGAUGAGGGAGAGCCUGAUGAGGAAGAGGAGAAUGGCAGAGAGAUGAAGGAGAAUGGAAUGAAGGAUGAAAGAGACAACUCAGUGAAGCCUGAGCCAACCUGUCAUCCAGAGGUCCUCUCUUUCCUCAGCUCACCCACCGCUGAGACACUGCUCAAACUGGGGGACAACAGGACUGGGCUCAUCCAGCAACAUGUGGAUGUUUCUGACUCUGAUAAGGCUGCCGACGCCUUCCUGAAAAUCUCCUCUCUGUACUGUGAUGACCAUGAGAUCAAGAAGGCUGUCCUGGAGACUAUUAACGCCCUGUUGAAGAAGGCCUUCUCUGGUUCCUCCCUGCAGACCUACAGCUUCCUGUCCACUCUACUGGUGAUGCUGGGACUCCUCAAGGGUGAGGGCAAGGUGAAGAAGGUGCAGGUGUUACCUGGUCACCUGUUGGUUUUGGAGCACGCUGUCCAACAGGACUACUUCCCCCAGGACCACGCCUCCCUGCUGGACACCUUUGUUGCCAGGCACGGUAAAGCCCUGAAGUCCUGCAGCAGUGCCCGAGAUAGUCUCAAGUCCACACUGAAGAGAAGGAUCUCCCCGGAAUGCUGAGCCCUUCUGCCAAAUGAACCAGUCAAAGACAUAUAACCUACGCACACACUGCCACUCAGGACACACACCACAGAAUUGCCCACUGCACUGAUAAAGGGACAUUCCUUGCAUGAGGACCUCACAGAUUCUUUACACUGGACAGAAGUGGACAAAAACCAAUCUACCUACACUCAAUACAUACCUGUGUGUGUUUUAGAUUCAUGAAGCUCCUCCAAUGAAAACAUAUUGAAGACUACAUAUUCAGACAGGAUUUCCUCAAUUUUAUUUUUGUAUUCGUUCUUGCUACUACUAUUUUUAUACAAAAAGGGACAUUUUCAUUAAGCCUUUAAAGACAUAUAAAGGGGAGAAAGUUAUUUGAAAAAUUUAAUAAAUACUGAAGUGAAGUUGAUAGCCACACAAACAAGGAUGGUGGUCAGAUUCAGUAAGAAUGUAGUAAUAAGUUCUAGAUGAACCUAGCUGGCCACAUCUGUACUGCUGAGUCUUAAUAUUAUCCGACCAUAUUAUUCUCCUGAGUUCAACCAGGUCAAUCCAUUACUCUGCAUCAGAUGGUGAGUAGUGGACUACAGUAUGCCUGUGCAUCGCACCGUAUGGACAGGAAUAGACAUCUAUGUAUGUAUGGCUCUUGUACUGUAUGCUAUUAUAGUCUCCCUAAGGAGACUAAUGUGCUGAAAGGGAUGUUAUGGGGAAAAUGAAAUGGAAUUUACCUUUGAUUCUCAUGUCUCCUAUGAUUUUAAUGUAAUGAAUAUUGAUCUGUAUAAGAUUGGAAUACAUGUACAGUAUCAUCAGGACUAUAUUGAUGUUUUUCAUGUUUCUUUGAUUGUAUUGAGAUGAAGUGAUUGAUGUGAUAAAAUAUUACUUUUCCAAGA